GUGUCUCACUACGCACUAUACGUUUAACCGCACACUUUGUUCAUCAUCAAGAUCACUAAUAACCAUAUCCACUUUGUGUAAUUUUCCUUCCAAAAACAAGACUCAAUUUCUUCCAAUUAUUCCAUCAACUCAGAAAAUUCCUUACAUAUCUUUUCCCAAAAUCUUGUUUGUAAGAAUGGCUUCCGGUGAACAGAAAUUCCCCCCACAAAAACAAGACACACAACCUGGGAAGGAACAUGUUAUGGAUCCACUACCUCAAUUCACUUGCCCUGACUACAAGCCAUCAAACAAACUUCAAGGUAAGGUAGCUGUAAUAACAGGAGGUGACUCUGGAAUUGGACGAGCCGUAUGCAAUUUAUUUUCCUUAGAAGGUGCUACGGUUGCAUUCACAUAUGUAAAGGGUGAUGAAGACAAGGACGCAAAGGACACACUAGAAAUGUUAAGGAAUGCAAAAAGUGCUGAUGCUAAGGAUCCAAUGGCUGUAGCAGCUGACUUAGGGUUUGAUGAGAAUUGCAAGAAAGUGGUUGAUGAGAUUGUUAAUGCUUAUGGCCACAUUGAUAUUCUUGUUAACAAUGCUGCUGAGCAAUAUGAGUGCUCAUCAGUUGAGGAGAUUGAUGAGUCAAGGCUAGAGAGGGUGUUCCGAACAAAUAUCUUCUCAUAUUUCUUCAUGACCAGGCAUGCACUGAAGCACAUGAAAGAAGGGAGCAGUAUUAUUAACACAACGUCAGUGAAUGCAUACAAGGGCAAUGCAAAACUACUAGACUAUACAUCUACUAAGGGUGCAAUUGUGGCAUUUACAAGGGGACUAUCACUUCAGCUGGUGAGCAAGGGUAUAAGGGUCAAUGGAGUGGCACCUGGACCCAUAUGGACACCAUUGAUACCAGCAUCUUUCAAGGAGGAAGAAACUGCUCAAUUUGGUGGUCAAGUGCCUAUGAAAAGAGCUGGUCAGCCUAUUGAGGUUGCUCCAUCCUAUGUCUUUCUUGCCUCCAACCAAUGUUCCUCUUAUUUUACUGGACAAGUCCUUCACCCCAAUGGUGGAACUGUGGUGAAUGGUUGAAGAUUCAGUGAUAUUAUUAUAUGAAUGGAGAAACAGCAGUAGAAUAGUAGUGUAGUAUGGUACAAAAUGUGUAACUCUCUUAACCCCUCUGAGCUGCUAGAGAUGGGGUUUGGGAGGAGUAUGUUUUUAAUGUAGAAACCUAUAAUAUGUAUUUUUGGUGAAAUGUAUGUAAAAGUAUAUGCAGAUCAUUAUGUAUUAAGAUCAAAAUACUUCUUGAA